AUGCGGGACGCUAAGCAGACACCUCAAGCAGGACUCAACAAUACCCUUGGGCGUCUACCGCACGCUGAAGAUGCGCCCUUCAACUCGUACACUAAGCAGCACGAGCCUGCAUGCCUCCCCGACACGCGCGUCGACCUCCUCAAUGAGAUACACAGCUGGGCGGAUGGCCAAGAUGAGCGGUGCGUCUUCUGGCUGAGCGGGCUGGCGGGCACGGGCAAGUCGACAAUCGCCCGGACGGUGGCGCGCAGGUACCACGACAGGCAGCGUCUGGCAGCGAGCUUCUUCUUCUCGCGCGGCGGCGGCGACGUUGGGCAUGCGGGCAAGUUCGUGACGAGCGUCGCAGUGCAGCUCGCGCAGAGCGUGCCAGCUGUGCGGCAGCACAUCAGCGAUGCUGUUGCUGAGCGCAGCGACAUUAUCAGCCAGUCGCUGCCCGACCAGUGGCAGCACCUCGUCUGCCGUCCGCUGUCGAAGCUGCACGAGCCAGAAGCAGGGCCAGAAACAUACAUCGUAGUCGUCGAUGCGCUCGACGAGUGCGACAGCGACAGCAACAUCUGCAUCAUCGUGCAGCUGCUGGCCGAGCUGCGGUCGUCGUUGGCAGGUGGUGUGCGACUUCGCGUGUUUCUGACAAGCAGACCAGAAGUACCGAUCCAAUACAGCUUCAGCCAAGUCCCACACAGGGAGCACCAGAACUUCGCGCUUCAUCGCGUAUCACCAUUGAUCAUCAACAACGACAUCCGCCUCUUUCUCGAGCAUAAGUUUCGAUUGAUUAUACAGAAACGUCGUCUUCGUACUGACUGGCCUGGCGCAACAGUCAUCGCACAGCUAGUCCAGAGUGCAAGCCGUCUGUUCAUAUGGGCAGCAACUGCCUGUCGAUUCAUCGAAGAAGGAGUAACAAGGAGAGUAAUGCAUGAUCGACUGCAAAUUAUUCUCCAGAGUAGUGAGCCAAUCUCUGAACCAGAAGCCCACCUUAACAAGAUCUACAUCGCUGUUCUCACGUCUUCUGUGCCAAUUACACUCACAGAGGAAGAAAAGGAGGAAUACUGCCUUCGAGCGAGAUAUAUUCUAGGAAGUUUAGUGCUUUUACUCUCUCCUCUCUCUGCGCUAUCCUUGGGUCGACUGCUUCCUUUUGCAGACCUGGUUUCCGAGGACGACGUCGAAGACGUUCUAGAAGGCCUACAUGCUAUUCUAGAUAUACCAGAAAUCCCAGCUAAACCGUUACGCCUGCACCAUCCCUCGUUUCGCGACUUCCUCUUAAGCAAAGACCGAUGCGGCGACGACAGAUUCUGGGUAAACGAGCGCGGCGCACACGAGGAGCUGGCGUCCUGCUGCCUGCAGCUUAUGUCUGGGCCUAGUGGCCUUCGACAGGACAUGUGCAGUUUCUUGAAGCCCGGGACGCUGAGAAGCGAGAUAGGCGAGGAGACAGUGGCCAGCAGCCUGCCGCCCGAGCUGCAGUAUGCGUGCCGCUACUGGGUCGAGCACCUCAUGCGCAGCCAACAGAGCAUCGCCGAAGGAGACGCAGUGCACAUCUUUCUCCAGACGCAUCUUCUGCACUGGCUCGAAGCGAUGAGCCUGAUAGGGGAGACAAGCCAGUGCGUGCGCUUGCUGGCAAGACUGCAGGCGCUAGUAGUGACAUCUGCAGAUAUAUGUGCGGGCUUCCUUCGCGAUGCGAACCGGUUUGUGCUGCGGUUCUGUUCGGUGCUAGCGGAGGCACCCCUGCAGGUCUACUCGUCAGCGCUUGUCUUCUCACCAGAGACGAGUAUUGUCCGGAAGACGUUCGUCAAGCAGGUCCCACAAGCGGUGGAAAUGCUGUCGGACAGAGAAGGAGACUGGGACGCGUGUCGCAGCGUGCUGGAGGGCCAUUCAGGCUGGGUCACGGCGGUGGUGUUCUCGCCAGACGGACAGCUGGUCGCCUCAGCAUCCUACGACAAGACAACAGUGCGAGUGUGGGAGACGGCAACAGGCACGUGUCGCAGCGAGCUGAAGGGCCAUUCAGACUGGGUCACGGCGGUGGUGUUCUCGCCAGACGGACAGCUGGUCGCCUCAGCAUCUAGCGACAAGACAGUGCGAGUGUGGGAGACGGCAACAGGCACGUGUCGCAGCGAGCUGAAGGGCCAUUCAGACACUGUCACGGCGGUGGUGUUCUCGCCAGACGGACAGCUGGUCGCCUCAGCAUCCUACGACAAGACAGUGCGAGUGUGGGAGACGGCAACAGGCAUGUGUCGCAGUGUGCUUGACAGCUCAUCGCCGUACAUAUAUCACCUCGCUUUCUCGCCUGGUGGUCAGGCCCUGCAUACCAACGAAGGAGACAUUUCCCUGCCUGCAUCUCUAAAUCUGACACCACACGUUGAGCAGGAAGAGCAAUUUUUGCAGCUCUCAGUAGAGGACCACUGGGUGUUGCGUAAUACGCAGCGCUUUCUGUGGCUGCCGUUCGAGUAUCGGGCAUACUACUCGGCAGUAUGCAAGGACAUGGUCUGUCUUGGGUGUCCAUCUGGGCGCGUGGCUCUGCUUAGACUGCGAUAG